GAAAUAUUAUAGCCAAGAGACCUUAUCCACAACAUAUACAAUAUGUGGCUACACAAACAUCUAAAAACAUGAAACUGCUACAAAAAAAUACUCUGUCAACUCACACUCAAAAAACCAAACAAAAUUAUCCAAAUCAAAUAAAAAUCUCUCAAAUGGCAUCCCUCACAUAUAUGCAGUCUCUAAUUUCCCCAAAAUCAGCCAACCAAAAUAAUGUACCAUCUCUAGGCUCUAAUAUUAGGAUUAAUUUCUAUGGCUCAAAGCUUUGUUUGCAGAAAAAUAAAGGGAAAAGGCCCCUAACGGUGGUGGCCGCCGCCGGAGAUGUUUCGGCCGCCGGAACAACUUAUCUGAUCGCCGGAGCUGCUGCCGUGGCAUUGCUCGGAACUGCUUUCCCUAUCCUUUUCUCCCGCAAGGACUUGUGCCCCGAAUGUGAUGGGGCAGGAUUUGUGAGGAAAUCCGGGUCGGCUUUGAGGGCAAAUGCGGCAAGAAAAGACCAGGCGCAGAUCGUGUGUCCACGGUGCAAUGGUCUCGGCAAGCUCGGCCAAAUUGACAAAUAGAGAAAGUUUGUGUGCCGCUUGUGUUAUUUUUUCCUUUUGGCGUGUGUGUGCGUGUGUGAAAAUGUCUAUUGAACUAUAUAUGUCAAUGUAUAUGACUUAUGAGCAAUUUAUGAUGAAAAAUAUUAAAUUGUGUUAAUGUUCCAUCCCAUGAUGAGUUUGAUUAUUCAGUUCCACAUUAUGGCUUUUGUCAAUGUUUUUCAUAUGUAAUUGUUUGCCAUGGAAAAACAAGAAAUGC